CAUCAGAAGCCAAGCGGAACACACCAGAUUUAAGACGUAUUUAGGUGAUAAAGGACUAAAGUCUAUCUGGAUAGGGUUGUAUAAUGACAUAAAGAGCUGGAGAUGGUCUCUGACAAUGGUUUGGAGCAGAUAGGUUUUAGCAACUGGAGCAAAGGAGAGCCUGACAACAAAUUAGGUGUUCAGAGUUGUGGUGACUUCUAUGACGGCGCCUGGUCUGACACAUCCUACACCAUCCAAUAUCCUUUUAUCUGCUAUGAUGAAAAAGAGAGCGCAGCAAAAUACAUCCUCAUCUCCGAGCCAAAGUCCUGGAAUGAUGCACAGGAGUACUGCCGUGAGCAUCACACAGACCUGGCCAGCUCCAGGAACCAGGAGGAGAACCGGUGGUUAGCAAGUUCAUCUGAUAACAGAACAGUGUGGAUCGGUCUGUUCAGGGACACCUGGAAGUGGUCUGACCAGAGCAAGACCAGGUUCACAGCCUGGCACCCGAACUACUAUAAACAGGGUCAAUGAUGACACUGCUGGUUAUUCAAAUGGCUAUUGGUUUGACAGAUUGUGCCCAAACAGAUACAGCUUUGUUUGUCAGAGUGGUAAGUGUUCUACAAGCAUGCACUGAAAUUAUCUGUUUUUACAGUGUUUCUUUUGUGUCAGAUCACAGAUUGGGAAUCAAGAGCAGAUCCUGUCAUACUCGCAGAGAACAAAUUUAUUUAACAAUAAUUCAGACGGCAGGCAAAAACACAGUCCAGGAACAGGCAGAGUUCAUAGGCAGACAGGCAGUCAGGUACAGGCAAACAGUCCAGACCGGGCAGGCCGAGGACUUGGUCAGAGACAGGCAGAGUUCACAGGCAGGCAGGCAGACAGACAGAUUCAGGCAAACAAUCCAAAAUGACAGGCAGAAGGCUUGGUCAAAAACAGGCAGGGUCCAGGGGCCUAUCGCACAAAACUAGGAUAAGGGAUUAAGCCAGGAUAUCUUGGUUAUCCUGGCUCAAUUUAUCUGUGAUC